CGCCACACAUCUGCAACAUCACUAGGCCACCGCGUAGCAUCGAUCGGCAUCACUGGAUCGAACUCCGAAGCUACCGGAAUGCACAUAUAUACAACAUCAUGGGGGAGCUAGUUACUUGCAGAUAGCUAGCUAGGACCAAUCACACACACCAGUUCCUUCAACACUACCUCUAUCUACCUGCCUGUCUGUCAGUCAGUCAGUCACUCGCCUCUGCCGCUUGCUUGCUCAGUUGCUUGCAGGUGAUAACAACUUGGAGUAAUUAGCUAAUAAGUACAGUAGUAGAAGGUAGUGUGCCCUGUGUGCCGUGUGAUCAGCGAUCUCCAGAACAGAAGCAUCAGCAGCAACAGGCAAUGGGCCGGCUGGCCUUGCUCAUCUGCGUGCUGCUCUUGGCAGCGGCAAUAGUGGCGAACGGUGCCAGGUCUGCAGGAACCGUUCGCGGCGGCGGCGGCGGCGCUGCACCUGCUAGUCCUGUCGUCGCAACAAAACCUACUGUUGCUGCUGUAGAUAAGACGACACCGGCGGCGGCGGCGGCUGCUACCGCUGAAACUACGGCGACUUCAGAGCAGCAGCAGCAGCCCACCCUGGAUGACCCGUCCAGUGACAGCAAGAGGAAGGUGCCCAACGGACCUGAUCCUAUUCAUAACAGGUACUGGUCUCGUUUAAUAUAACUAGUUCCUUUUGUCAUUUGCUUCUAGUUACAAUAGCACUGCAAAUUCAACCCAUGGACAGAGCUUGUACUAAAGAAUGCAUGAACAUCUUUGGAAAUCACAUGCACGUAUAUAUAUAAUAUAUGGGCCCCGUUGAAACACUUACCUCGAUCGAUCGAUCGAUUCGCCGUUGCCGAUUUUAUUUUGCCCUCUCCCAGUGCCGUGCCCGUGUAU